GUACUGGAGCUGAUUGUCCCUCUGAUUGGUCCUCCUUUUGCCGGUAUUGCUACAAGCCCUUCAAACAACUCAAGACCUGGGAAGAUGCAGAGAGUUCCGUAAGUGGUUUAAUGUUUACUGUAGACAACAACAUCUUUUCAUGUGCAAGUUCCUGCGACCGCGUUAAGAUCCAGCUGUGUGAAGUCUGGAGAAGCAAGGAAGCCCCCCACCCCACCCCCCACCCUUCACUCAACGGAUGCUCUCUGUAGCUGGAUCGGGUUUUGCUGCUCCUGACGGGCCAGAAGGUCCAAUAAAUUCUGCCUAGCAUGA